AUGUCUAAAGGUAAGAGAAGAAUAAGAAAAGAAGAAGAAGAACCAGAAGAGACGGGAGAAGAUGAUGAGAAGAAGAGUAGAAUAAAAAAAGAAGAUGAGGAAGAAAAUAAGAAGAAUAAGAGAAAACGACAAGAAAAGAAGAGAAAAGAACAAAAAGAAGAGAAGAAAAUGAGGAGUAAUACGAGAAAAAGAGGAGACGAAGAGAAGAAGCAGAGAAGAUAGAAGAAGAUAAGAAGAAUAAGAGAAGAUGACAAGAAAAGAAGAGAAAAAGAGAAGACGAAGAAAAAGAGAAGCAGAACAAGAAGAAGAGAAGACGAAGAAAAUGAGAAGAGUGAUAUGAGAAAAAGAGAAGACGAAGAGAAGAAGCGGAGAAGAUAG